AUGAGCUCCAAAUCAGAAGCCACACACAAGGCAGUCCAAGCCACCCUGGACAGCGUGACCUCCAACCCAGAAACAGGAGUAUCCGGUCUAGUCUUUGCAGCAAUCAACAAAGAUGGCGAAGUGCUCACAGCAAACGCAUCUGGCAACCGUGGACUAGACACCAAAGAGCCAAUGACUUUGGAAACCACAUUCUGGAUUGCCAGCUGCACCAAAAUGAUUGCUGCGAUUGCGGUCAUGCAGUUGGUUGAGCAGGGCAAGCUUGACCUUGAUGAUCACAAGCAGUUGUAUAAGCUGUGUCCUGAGUUGGAAAAGGUGCAAGUAUUGACUGAUGAUGGAAAAUUGGAGGAUAAGGAGGCGGAGAUUACGUUGAGGAUGUUGUUGUCGCAUACGGCAGGUUUUGGAUACGAAUUCUUCAACCCCAAGCUGAGGGAUUAUGGCCGCCCUGUCGGCUUCGACGUCUUCAGCGGCGACCCGACCGAGGUCUUGAGAAUGCCUCUAGUCAAUCAACCAGGCAGUAGAUGGGAAUACGGCAUCAACAUCGACUGGGCGGGCAUCGCACUCGAGCGACAAACCGGCUUGUCUCUGAACGACUACAUGCAACAACACAUCCUCCAACCCCUAGGCAUCAACAACACAACCAUGUUCCCAACAAAGGAGAUGAAGUCAAAUCUCGCUUCCAUGCACCAACGCUGGCCCGGCAGCCAAAAGGCCGUCGAAAGAGAUCACGUAUACCGCCGACCACUGGUAGCUGACGGAAAAGAAGAGCAGAGUAGGAUUCUGAACAGUGGAGGCGCUGGUCUGUAUUCUCGGCCUACGGAUUAUAUCAAGGUGCUUGCUGUGCUGUUGAACGAUGGCACGUGUCCCACGACCAAGGCACAGAUUCUCAAGCCCGAGACUGUCAAGCACAUGUUUGAGAACCAGAUUACCCAGAUGCCAGACUUUGGUCGAAGGGGCAUCCCUGACGCAAAGCCAGAGCACUCGAAUCCACUGGGAGAUCUGUACCCUCAAGGAGAUGUCGCACAGGGUUGGUGUCUCAGUGCCAUGUUGACCAUUGAGCCCGGAGUCACCGGACGUGGAAAGAACACUGCGUUCUGGGCAGGAAUCGCAAACUUGUUCUGGUGGGUGGAUCGUGAGAAGGGUGUUGCUGGUAUGAUUGCCAGUCAGGUUAUGCCGUUUGGUGACCCCCAUGUGAUGGGUGCUUGGUUCGGUGCAGAGACUGCUGUGUACCAGAACUUGGGUGCGUGA